CACAGGAAGACCAAGACUGGCGGUUCGCAGAGAUCAACUGACAUUUCUCCUAGAUCACGAUUUCUCUGUCACAAAAAUUUGUGAGCUACUUGGUGUGUCAAGGAGUACUAUUCACAGGCGUAUGCUGCAGUGGAAUCUACAAGUAUCACAGCGAUUCAGUGCCAUGUCCGAUUUGGAAUUGGACCGUCUAAUUGUAGAGGUGAAACGGGAUUUUCCCGAUGCCGGAUAUCGAAUGGUGCAGGGCCAAUUGCGUUGUAGAGGGUACAGCAUUCAGAGACAAAGGAUAACAAGCUCACUAGCACGUGUUGAUCCAGGCGGCAUAGCAGAAAGAUGGGCAAGAGCUAUACCGCGGAGACAGUACAAGGUUCGCGGUCCCAACGCACUUUGGCAUGUGGACGGCAAUCACAAGCUAAUAAGAUAUCGUUUUGUUAUCCAUGCUGGAAUAGACGGUUAUAGUAGACUACCCGUAUACUGCCGAUGCUCUAACAACAAUCGUGCUGCUACCGUGUUUCAGUAUUUUAGAGAAGCAAUUGCAAAUUAUGGAAUGCCUUCCCGAGUUCGAUCAGACAAAGGCGGAGAAAACGUUAAUAUCUCGCGCUUUAUGCUUCAACAGAGAGGAACUGGAAGAGGUAGCAUGCUUACUGGGAAAAGCGUACACAACCAGAGGAUAGAGAGGUUCUGGCGAGACGUAUUUGAAGGCUGUACCGUUCAAUUUUACUCACUUUUUGGUGAUUUAGAAGAAUCUCAGGUACUGAAUCCUACCAAUGAUAUUGACUUAUUCUGCCUUCAUUAUGUCUACACUCCAAGAAUUAAUAGAGCACUAGAUCUAUUCUGUAAGGGAUAUCGAAGACACACACUCAGCACUGCAGGACACAGAAGUCCCUUGCAACUCUGGAUAGAAGGAAUGCUUAGAGGUGCACGCCUGGAAGACAUUGAAGAGAUGACGGCUUUUUCUGUAGGUGGUAGAUUGUGACGGGUAUGGAAUAGACGAUGAUGGCCCUACAACUCUUGAAAGAUCCGAUGAACACUCUGUGACAGUCCCUGAGAUACCCUCAGCUCUUUUACAUGAGGACAUAGAUGCUCUCCAAGUACUAGUAAAUCCUUUGGCACAUUCCGAAUUCAAUGGAGUGGAGUUGUACCUUCAGGCACGUGACUUCGUUGAAAACAGAUUAGCCUAGUUAAUUAAAAGGUUAAUAUACACCUAAGGCUUAAUUAAGCUAUCAGCUAGGGAAGUAGCAUUAGAGAUAGUACUGGUGGUUGUCAAUUCUGAAGUACGUAUAUAUGACUAGAUUUAGACUGUACUGCGGUGUUAGUGAACAAGAAUUCGGAAUUGUUUACAGAACGUUUAGACUUCAGAUGAUACA